AUGUUGAUUACUCUAGAAUGUGUUAUACUUGCGUUACAAGCGGUUGCUGCAAUUCGAGUUUCAUUAGAUUCACCAACUGGAAUUGACAGUCAAUCAAGUAGUAGGCUGUCAAAACGAUCACCCGUUGAAUUGAGUGGUGGUAUUAACAAAUGUUUCACAAUGAAAUUUAAUGUUGAUGGAGUCGAUUUGAAUUUACGAGUCGAUUCAAUGAUUUCUGAUAUAAUCGUACCACUUCCUAGUUCAAGCAACGAUAUAGGUUUGGCUAUACAAAGUAUUUCAAGUGGUGAGCCCGUUAAUAUAAAGUACAAAGACAAAGAGUAUAAAGGAGUUACAUCCACAGCCGCUGUGACGAUUCCGGGUACUGCGAUAACUGGCGUCAAUUUACCAGUACUAGCAGUUGAAAAACAAUCGGCACGUCUAGCUGGUAUCGAUCCAGAUUUUGAUGGAGUAUUUGGGAUUGGCCACUUUUCUUUGUCAAAACAUCAUUCGCCAAUCACUGCAAUGGAUAGUUUGUACAGCAAUAAUGUCAUUCCCAAUAACGAGAUUGGCAUUCAACUAUGUCCUUCUGAUCUUUUUGAGCAAAGCUUCAUCAAUAUAGGAAACACGGAAAUCACUGCAAAGUGUGGAACGGAUGGAAGCAGUGUUGCAUGGGUAAAUUCACCAACAAAUGUCUUGUUCAUUAACGUAUAG